AUGGUGGUCUCAGGAGCUAACAUCAGCCCUUCUACAAGCCAGGGGAACACCAAACACUUGCCUGUCAAUCGACCUCCACUCAGCUGGGUUCAGACAAGCUCAGGGACCACCCCAGGCUCAGCAGUGCCGACUGACAGUGACCCAUGUCUGCAGCCCGACCCAGCCCACCCACAGAGCCCGGCGUCCCAGAGCUGCUGGGGGGCACGGUGGUCGGGAAGUGAGCGGUUGGGCAGCCCUCCGCAGGGCUGCUGCCAGGUAUCAGCCUCGGAGGUUUCCCUGAAACAGAGCCAACGCCCGCAAAGACCUGGGCAGACCGCAUGGGCCAGGGGGUCAGGGGACCCGGUCCCUGAGAGGUGUCAGAAAAAUGCUCCCAGGAGGACGCCAGGCUGCCGAGGCCCGUGGCUGACACCAGGGGGCAGGGCGGGGCGGCGGGGACGGCAGCCGGAGGAGGGAGCCGCCCAGACCCGGCCCGGGGGCGAACCAAGAGCGGGCGUGGUGGGCGCCUGCGAGCUGCGGCUUGCGGUGUUGGGCCUUGGGGACAUCGCUCGGGGAGGGGAGAGCCCCGCGCCGCGGCCGGGAAGGGGGACACAGCCCACGCGUGCGGCGCCCGACGGCUUCUCCCAGCACGCCCGAGCCCCCGUGCAGGCGGCGGCCCGGCCCCUUUGUGCCUGGCGUGUCACGCGCGGGCGCUCCCGCCGCCGCGCCCGGGAGAGGCCCCCGGCACCCCGGGCCCCUUUCCAAGCACAACAGCGGCCCCGCCGCGGCCCCGCGCUGACCCACUUUCCCUCCCGCCUCCUCGGCCCGAGGCCGAGAAUCCAGCGGCCGCCGCCAAGCAGCCCAACAGAUCUGUGGCUGGGCAGCCGCUGUUGAGCUCCACUACAUUUCCUGCCUGCUUUAUAGUUAGGCUUGUCCACAGGACCAAGUUCUCAGCGACAGAGUAAGAGCAGGCCUGUGAUAGGAGGCUCUUCUGUGCCUGGGCCUCCAAGCUGCCUAGAAUCUGGCUGUGGCAGUGCCCUAGGGGAGGUGAGCAGCGGGAGAGAAGGGUCCUGGGGUUUUGGGGGACCAGGAGGAGCAGAGCUGCUGCCCAGCCCAGACCCAUAACCUGAGAAAGUAAGAGUGAGGGCUCAUUUUAUGUGUUAACUUAAAUAUCUGGCCACAUUGCUCAGAUAUUUGAUUAGACACUAUUCUAGAUGUUUUUAUAGAGGUAUUUAUUGAUUGAUUUAUUGAUUGAGACAGAGUCUCACUCUGUUGCCCCGGCUGGAGUGCAGUGGCACAAUCUUAGCUCACUGCAACCUCUGCCUCCCAGGUUCAAGCGAUUCUCGUGCCUCGGCCUC